CAGUCUUUGGGGGGUUGGGGAGGAGAAGGGGAGCUGGGACACGGCCUCAGUCUAUGGGAACACAUUUUGAGCCCUUUGGCUUGCCAUAGACCAGCUUCAGCGCUCCUGGACUCAGUGCGCUCGCGCGCCAUCAGCACACUCUGUCUGCUGAGCCUCUCGCGCGCUGCCGGAUCGAACCUGGGCCCCGUCAUGGAUCUGGACCCGGUCGUGCUCCUUCCCGCCUUCCUCUUCACCGUUGUCGCCAUAUAUGUGGCUUCUUCUCUGCUCCGGAGGAGCGGCGACUCCUCUGCCGGGGACAGGAGGCCCAAAGUCGGCCCCAGAGACGCCGUUCCUCCGUCCAGAGCGCUGGGAGAAGCGGUCCGGACCGAACCAGCCGCCCGGGACCAUCCCGACCUCCAGGCUGAUCCAGAACCAAUCAAAGUACCGGAACCAGCUCCAGAACCAGUCAAAGUACCGGAACCGGGUCCAGAACCAGUCAAAGUACCGGAACCAGCUCCAGAACCAGUUGAAGUAGCAGAACCAGCUCCAGAACCAGUCAAAGUACCGGAACAAGCUCCAGAACCAGUCAAAGUACCGGAACCAGCUCCAAAACCAAUUAAAGUACCGGAACCAGCUCCAGAACCAGUCAAAGUACUGGAACCAGCUCCAGAACCAGUCAAAGUACCGGUACCAGCUCCAAAACCAAUCAAAGUACCGGAACCAGCUCCAGAACCAGUUAAAGUAGCAGAACCAGCUCCAGAACCAGUCAAAGUACCGGAACCAGCUCCAGAACCAGUCAAAGAACCGGAACCAGCUCCAAAACCAAUAAAAGUACCGGAACCAGCUCCAGAACCAGUCAAAGUACCGGAACCAGCUCCAAAACCAAUCAAAGUACCGGAACCAGCUCCAGAACCAGUCAAAGUACUAGAACUAGCUCCAGAACAAGUUAAAGUACUAGAACUAGCUCCAGAACCAGUUAAAAAAGCAGAACCAGCUCCAGAACCAGUCAAAGUACUAGAACCAGCUCCAGAACAAGUUAAAGUACCAGAACCAGAGGCUGUUCCAUUUCUUGUAGCAGCUCAAGAGUUUGCUACUGAAAAUGAAGCAAUACCUAAGCUAGUUUCUGAAACUCUAGGAGCUCUAGAGCCUGUCCCGGAACCAGCUCCAGAACCACUAAAUGUACCAGCUGUGGUUCUAGAAAUACCCUCAGAAGGUGUCAAUGAUCCAAAGUCUGAACCCGAGACAUCUGCUGAACCAAAACCUCUUUUAGAGGCUAAAUCCAUUUCUGUAUCAGACGCAUCUCCUGAACUUGGACCGAAGACUCUGACUGAACCGGAUUCUGUUGUGAAACCAGACUCUGGGCCUGAACCUGUGACCCAGUCUGAUGGGGUUAUCGAUGAACUCCAACAAUCACCUGAAAGCAUCAAGACACCAGAACAGUCUGCUCUAGAUCUGGUUCUGGAAUUCACUGAGCCUGGAGACGGAGGGUCCAAGGAACCGCAACAAGACCCCGAGAUGGCCCUGAACGAUGUGGCUGCAGCUGCCGGCUUCUCCUCAGGGAGCAGCAGCUUCGGGACGCUGAUGACCAAGGAGGAGGCGGAGCAGAGGUGUUUGUGUCGCCUCCUUUUCUCUCCAGGGUCGAGUUCACCUCAGAUUUCACCCGUUUGUGACGACGCUGCGCCCUCAGCAGGUCGCAGUGAGCUGAUCAGUGAGGAGCAGCCCUGCAGGGAGGGGGUCCAGCUGGAGCUCCCUCCACGUUCCGUCCAGCCGCUUUAACCCUCCAGGAAGCAGAUCUGGAUGAUUCUGCAGCUUCUGUCUCGAUAACCCGCAUGAGUGGAGCUUUGCUGACAGCAGGAGCCUCGGUUUUCCUUUGUGCUCUGUUUCUGUUCCGUCUGAAGACUGUUGUGGAAAAAGUUGAUCAAUGCCCCCCCCCCCCCCCCCCAGCUGUAGGCCUACAGGGCAGCACUGCCCUCUAGUGGCCUCAUGGAGGAGUUUCAGCUGGAAGGAGGAAAGAGGAGGUCAGUCCUUCAUCUCCUCCAGUCUGAGGGAGGAGAACCUGAUUUCAUGAAGAAUGAAGUAUGAUUCCUGGAGUAAUCAGAUUACUGAAGUCCCGCUCUGAUCAUCAUCAUCAGAUUGAUCACCUUCGCAGUCGUCUUUUUGUGGGGUUUUCUAGGACGUAGUUCCUGCAGAGCGGCAGGAGUUCAUUAAAGAUUCACCUCAGAGUUGUGGGCGGGACUGUUGGAGAACAACCCCGCCCCCUUCACUCCACUUGACGGCGUCUGAAUGAAGGCGCCGCCUCCAGCUUCAGGUUGGAGAAACCGUCUUCCGUGACCUCCUGUGCUCCGUCAUGCGUGUUUUUUAACGCUGCUGUGAUGCAGAAACCCUCCCCUUCUUUCUCAAUGCAAUAAUUUCACAUUUUCAAUGUUUGGAGAUCAGGAUUAUUUCAUCUAGAGAGUUCAGUGUCGGUAAUCGCGCCUCCACGUCUGACACGUCAUGACAUCAUCCAGAGACUCGGCGGUGCGGCGAGCUUCACCGUCUGCUGCAUGGCGGCGCUUUCAGCGCUACUUCUGUCUCCGUGACCCCGUUUGACGACUUCCUGUCCCGCUUUAGUUGGAGGCAGGGGUCACUGAGGUGCGGAGGCGGGGUCACUGAGGUGCGGAGGCGGGGUCACUGAGGUGCGGAGGCGGGGUCACUGAGGUGCGGAGGCGGGGUCACUGAGGUGUUUCUGCUCUGACUGAAACCAGACUGAACAGAAACAAGAAACAGAUUUUCAGUAAUCUGAUUACUCAGGGCCAGCAUGGAGCGCAGCUGAGACUCUCCUGUCAUGGGGGGGGCUGUUUGUAAAUGAGAAAAACUGAACUGGAAAACACAGGAAACACGGAUCUGAAUUUCAAAAUAAAAGUCUUCCUUUGAAAAAUGAAAAUAAACCAAAUUUUUCUGUU